AUGCCCGCUGUCAUCACGAGCCACGGCAGCCAUGUGCCCGAGCAUGACGGGAAGAUAACUUUCUACGUCAUUCUGUGUGUGAUCAUCUCGGCCUUCGGAGGAUUGUUGUUCGGAUACGACAUCGGAAUUUCAGGUGGAGUGACUUCCAUGGAUGACUUCUUGAUAGAAUUCUUCCCCGCUGUGUAUGAUAAAAAGAAGCAUGCCCAUGAGGACAACUACUGUAAAUACGACAACGAGUAUCUCCAAUUGUUCACAUCUUCGCUAUACAUAGCUGCUCUCGUAGCCAGCUUUGCAGCCUCAAAGGUAUGCUCCAAAUUCGGCCGAAGGACGACGUUGCAGAUCGGGUCCUUCUUCUUUGUUGGGGGGGUCGCACUCCAAGCUGGCGGCAUCAACCUUGCAAUGGUCGUCCUUGGCAGAAUCAUCCUUGGCUGUGGUGUUGGGUUUGGUAAUCAGGCGGUGCCUCUAUUUCUAUCUGAAUUAGCUCCUGCCAGAAUCAGGGGGGCUCUGAACAUUUGCUUCCAACUCUUCAUUACAAUCGGAAUCCUCAUCGCCGGCAUUAUCAACUACUUCACAGCCAACAUUCACCCUCACGGGUGGCGGAUCUCUCUUGGCUUGGCCGGCGUCCCGGCUGCGAUCCUCCUCGUAGGCUCAUUCGCCAUCUGCGAGACCCCUACCAGCCUCAUCGAGCGCAACCAAAUCGACCAAGGGAAGGCCACCCUAAGGAGAAUCCGCGGCACCGAUAACAUCACUGCCGAGUUUGAUUCUAUUGUUGCUGCCAGUGAGGCCGCAAGGCAAGUGAAGAACCCGUUCCGCAAACUCAUGAGGCCAUCGAGCAGGCCCCCUCUUGUCAUAGCCAUAGUGCUGCAGGUGUUCCAACAGUUCACCGGGAUCAACGCCAUCAUGUUCUAUGCCCCGGUCUUGUUCCAGACAGUCGGGUUUGGGAACAAUGCAGCGCUGCUCUCGACGGUCAUCACUGGGCUCGUGAACAUGUUCAGCACCUUAGUGUCGAUCUACACGGUGGACAAGGCUGGCCGGAGGGUGUUGCUCCUUGAGGCUUGUGUCCAGAUGUUCAUCACUCAGACUGUGAUAGGAUUGCUCUUGCUAUUACACUUGAAACCAGCUGGGUCUCUCAACUCUACCGAGGCGAUAGUCGUGGUGGUGUUCGUGUGCGUGUACGUGAUGGGAUUCGCAUGGUCAUGGGGUCCGCUUGGGUGGUUGAUUCCGAGCGAGACCUUCCCUCUAGAGACGAGGACAGCUGGCUUCGCUUGUGCGGUGAGCUCGAACAUGCUCUGCACCUUCAUUAUCGCGCAGGCCUUCCUGUCCAUGCUGUGCCACAUGAAGGCCGGCAUCUUCUUCUUCUUCGCCUCGUGGAUCUUGGUCAUGGGGCUCUUUACAUUGUUUCUCUUGCCCGAGACGAAGGGCGUGCCUGUGGACUCGAUGGUCGAGAGAGUGUGGAAGCAGCAUUGGUUCUGGAAGCGGUACAUGAUCGAUGAUGACGAGAAUGACGAUGACAAAGUCGUCAAAGGAUAAAGGAUGGUUGUGACGGCUCGUCUCAACAAAUGCCGAUACGCCAAGCAAAAGGGUGGCGAGAUUAGCCAAAGAAAGAAACAGAGAAAAGAUCAUGAAAUUUUAGAUGUUGACUCAUGUCAUAGAAAAGAUCAUGGAUUUUUGGAUCUUGAGCCAUGUCAUGUAAUGCCUCGGUCACGGAAUGUAUAGUCAAAUGUCCACAGAUAUUCGGGAGCAUUGGCUUUGUCAGGGUGGCUUAGCCCU